UACAAUGGAGACAAAAGGACAUCUGAUGAGGAGCGACAAUUGGCCUAUCAGCAAUGGAUCAGUGGGGCAACCAAAGUGCUGAUUGCAACCACUGCAUUCAGUGCUGGGAAUGACUAUGCUCAUGUGAGGAUGGUCAUCCACAUGGACCGUCCCUUUGACAUGGUGGAUUACAUCCAAGGACAAGGGAGAGCAGGCCGAGAUGGG